CAUCCAUCAGGAAAUAAAAUCAUCAGAUUUUAUUGUUAAUUUACUAAUCAUUGAGUUAGAAUGGAAAAUUAUUUUAAGGGGAAAAAUGUCGAAGAGGAACUUCAGCGAGAUAAAAUACCUAUAAAAGAUUUACCGGACAACUUUCUAUGGAUGCAAGUAAAAGGCGGAAGUAAAAUGGCAAAUCUAUUAUCACACGCGUCAGGUAUUUUAGAGGAUAAAGCUGCGACAGCCGUGGUGUGGACUGGGACCGGAGUCGGCAUACCCAAAGCUAUAUCUUGCGCGGAAAUUUUAAAGAGACAAUUUUCAAUCGAACACCAGGUCACAAAACUCGCUUACAAAAAUGUUGAAGAGUUUUGGGAGCCAAAGGUGGAUGGAUUGGAAACAAUAGUGGUUAAACGGCAAAUACCUGUUAUCCAUAUUUUACUUUCAGUUGAAAUGCUCCCAGAUAGUAGUCAAAUUGGAUACCAGUCAUUGCAAGGAAAGAAAUUCUGGCAAAAAGAGCCAGCUAACAACAGCCAAAAGCAGCAUCAGUCAUACAAAUCGAAAAAACCUUUCAAACAUAAGAAAAAUCAAACAAAUACAAGCUAACAUCUAUUUAUCAACUACUUGUAUAACCUGCAAUAA